AUGCAGCGUUCGCUUCUCGCUGCGGCCCUCGUCUGGCUAGCAGUCGCCAACAUAGCGACCUGCUUAAGCGUCAAGGGUGUUCAAUUUCCCAGCCUAUUGGACGUGACAAUCGAUGACCUGGCCAACGGCCUGGAGAAGGGUCUCUUCACCAGCGUCGAUUUGGUCAACACCUAUCUAGGCCGCAUCAACCAGGUAAACGGCACCUUGAAUGUCGUGACAGAGGUGAACCCCGAUGCGCUCUCCAUCGCUGCGGAUUUGGACGCUUCGCGGGCCAAGGGGUCCAUCAAAGGUCCGCUUCAUGGAAUCCCAAUCCUCAUCAAGAACAACAUCGCGACCGCCGACAGGAUGAACAACACCGCAGGGUCCUGGGCGCUCGUUGGUGCCAAAGUUUCACAGGACAGCUUCAUGGCGAAGAAGCUGCGCGAGGCUGGUGCCAUCAUCCUUGGCAAGACAAAUCUCAGCCAGUGGGCCAAUUACAGGAGCAACAACACCAGCAACGGCUGGUCUGCCUAUGGCGGCCAGGUAUACGCCGCUUACUAUCCCCAACAGGAUCCGAGUGGAAGUUCUAGCGGCAGUGGCGUGGCCUCUGAUCUGGGCCUUGCUCUUGCGACGUUGGGCACCGAGACUGACGGCUCAAUCGUCUCUCCUGCUCAGCGUAACAACCUAGUCGGCAUCAAACCGACCGUGGGCCUCACCUCGAGGCACCUCGUCAUCCCCAUUAGCGAGCACCAAGAUACGAUCGGGCCAAUGGCCCGGACCGUCAAGGACGCUGCUUACAUCCUACACGCAAUCGCCGGAGCGGACUCCAAGGAUAACUACACCUCGGCAAUUCCGAACAAUGGGGAGAUCCCCAACUACCCGGCGGCUUGCGACACCUACGCCCUCUGCGGAGCACGCAUCGGCAUCCCGCGCAACGCAAUUGAGCUCUUCUCCGACAACACCACCGGCAUCGAGACGCGCGCUUUCGAAGAGGCCCUCGACGUCUUCAGGUCAGCCGGCGCCAUCAUCGUCGAUAACGCAAACUUUACCGCCGCUGACAAACUCGUGACCUCCAACUCGGAGACCAUCGUCCUCAACGCCGACUUCAUAUCGAACCUGGCAUCUUAUCUCGCCGAGUUGAGCGUCAACCCAAACAACCUGUCAUCUCUGGCCGACAUCCGUGAGUUCACCCAGUCCUUUGGACUCGAGGCUUUUCCGGAUCGCAACACGGCCGUGUGGGACCAGGCUCUGGACGAGCAGGGUUUCAACAACACCGACCCCCGUUUCUGGGCCGCGUGGCAAGAGAGCCAGUUCCUUGGCGGUGAAGGCGGACUGUUUGGAACGCUGGAGAGGCACGACCUCGACGCCGUCAUCUUGCCGACCAGCUUCUCGAGCACGUGGGCCGCCAUCGUUGGGGCGCCUGUUGUGACGGUCCCGUUAGGGUUCUACCCCGCGAAUGCGACUGUGAUCAAGAACGGCAGGGGGAACUUGGUAAACACCGGUCCCCAUGUGCCAUUCGGCAUCAGCUUUCUUGGUGCAAGGUUCCAGGAGGCUAAACUUAUCGGGUUGGCAUACGCGUAUGAGCAGAGGACCCUUACUAGGUCAAGGGUUCGUCCAUACAUCACGCCCAACUUUGAGAUUGGGGACGUGGCUGGGCGUUGA